AACAAGGCAAGCCUCACGCUUCAAUCACAUAAAUCCAUACAUAAUAGCCAAGUACAGAGUGUCAGCAUGAGUACCAUUGUCAAGGUCCGGCUGUGUGGGAGGCAGGAUGUGGACCCAAACAGAGGACUUAGAAAACAAUAAGUAAACUUAAAAUCUAACUUUAAUGCUGACUAUCCACAGAAAUAACAAAAGAGCAAAAACUUCUCCAGGGCAAGAACUGGAAAUCAGAGUACAGGUAUAUAAGGACAACAUGUGUCAGGGAGACACGCUGCUAUGAGGGAAGACACAGCAAAGAACAGAGGGAGACUCAGACGAUAAAAACAAACCAGGUAAUGUAAGAGAUGGAAAACAAAUUAAACUAAGAAGUCCAAAACACAAUACCCUGGGUUAAACACCCAGUUACAUCUACUAUCCUCUUGGUAAAAUCCAUUCUACAUCCACAGUACCUUCCAUUACACUGCCAUCUAAUGGAAAACAGUCACGAUAAAGUCUGAAAUACUUUAGCUGGAAUCCAAAAGUUCCACCUGAAGCUUGCCUAUGAUUACAAACUGGAAGCAACAAAUUCAUCAAAAAUGAUGUUGUGCAUUUUUUCGUGCUGUUCCAGUGAGGAAGUAAAAAACCAAAAUAACAAACACAUGUGCGUUUUAACUGGCCUGAAAUAUUGUGUUAAGCAUGUGUUAAACAUUAAUCACACAGCUAUGUAUGACGUUAAAGAAAAACUCCACAAUCUUGAAUGCACUCUGUAGACGUGUGCAGUAACUAAAAAACUGAUGCCUUGCUCUUAUCUCAGGCUGCAGAAGUGUGCUGCGCCACGCCUCAGAUGCAACAGACUUACAGCCUGUUGGAGCCUCAGUAAUAAUUACCUAACUCGCAUGUGUCUUGUUUUUGCUGGAGCUUCAUCCUCCAAAAGAAAUAACCUGUGAAUAAAAAUGUCCAGAGGCGAGAUCAUCGUUUUCUUUCUACUUUUCAUGCCUGACUUUUCACUGGCUGAAACCCAACCAUGUGAAAAGGCAACUGACUGCCCCAAAGAGAACCAGGCAGUUUUUAGCUCAGCUACAGAAAUCCCACGCUCUCUCAGACCCAAAGUGACAGAAGUCUUUUUUUUGGUUAGCCACAUUACAACAAUACCAAAAGGAGCCUUUGCUGAAAACCCACAGCUUGAAAAGGUGGAGUUCAUAAACAGUAACAUAUCAUCCAUCGAGCUGGGAGCGUUCGAGGGACUGAAAAACCUGAAAAAUAUUGAGGUCUCCGGCAGCAAAUUAACGUCACUCCCAGUAGGAGUCUUUAACGACCUCAGCAACAUGCAGGAACUCGUACUCAAAUCUAACAAGCUUCAAAGACUUGAUAAAGGUUUGUUUGAAGGCCUUAAAAAACUAAGACACCUCCUGUUGAAUUUGAAUGAGAUUAAGUUGAUUGAAGAUGAGACAUUUGACGGUCUUGACAACCUUUUAAUGCUCCAUUUGGGUAAAAACAAUCUCUCUGCUGUGUCAACUCACUGGUUCUCCAACCUAAACAAGCUGGAGGCAUUCCGACUUUAUGAGAAUCAGCUGACCACCAUUCCUGAAGACUUGUUUCAGAAUUUACCAAACUUAAAGGAAAUCAGCUUGCAUGGAAACCAGAUAGAAGAAUUGCCUCCCAAUCUGUUCCCUCAUAAAAACAAACUGACUAAACUGUUCCUGGACAAUAAUCUUCUAACUACUUUUCCUGAGGGGUAUUUUGUUGGGUUCCCUCAGCUUAAAACACUGACCCUGAAGAACAACAGGCUGAAAAGUUUGCCACCAGUGCUGUUUGGAGAAAUGCCCAAAUUGACCGAAUUAAGCCUCCAGGAAAACAAUCUCUCCAGUCUCCCUAAAGGAGUUUUUGGACCUCUGCAGAAAAUCAGGAAGCUGGACCUGUCAAAGAAUAAAUUCGUCACCUUGUCCCCUGAAUACUUUGAAGGCCCAGAAAAGCUCACAGAACUGAAUCUACAGAACAACAUGAUAGAGUCACUGGAUGAAGAUCUGUUUGAAAAGCUACAAUCACUAGCCACUCUCAAGCUUGCUCACAACAACCUCCAGACGCUUCCUGGAGAUAUUUUUGAGCCAUUAGGAAAGCUCAGGAAGCUUGACCUAAGUAACAACCCGUGGCUCUGCGACUGUAACCUGAAAGCCUUCCACAGCUGGGUGACUGGAAAUACUGCAAAGCUCACGCCUCCUCCACUCUGUGAGUGUCCCGAAGAUUUGAAAGGGACGGAAAUGCACUCAUUAACACAGGAUCAGCUGAUAUGCCUAACAACUGCACCCACGACUACCACAACAACUACAACCAUCCCAACCACAACUGCAACCACAACCACCCCAACUACAAUUGCAACCACCACUACUCUGACCACGACUGCACCCACAACAACAUCUACACCCACAACCACCCCAACAACAAGUACAACCACAACUACUACAACAACUACAUCUCCUUCACCCACUCCAGUGAUCUUCUCCUGUCUGAACGUGACAACCUCAGAGCAGCAGCAAGCUUACUUUGCUCCUCAAGACAGCACAAAAGUUCAGCAGUGCAAAACUCAUCUGAAGGUUUACAUUGUUAUUCUGGUGGUAGAGAUUAUCUGCACAUUGGCUCUGGCUAAGUUCACCAUUUCACUUUAUCACCUACUCCAGCGCAGUGAGAGGUUGUACCACAAAGUGAAACUCACCCGCUUCUCCUACAAGAGGGAAGUCAUCCUACGGCCUCUGCGAGAGGCAGAGACCCGAGGACUUUGAAUUUUCUGAGGUGCUGCUAGAGAUCAGAGUUUAAUCAUCAGAAAGAUCACCAGGAUGGCAAAUAGGCCAGAAGCAAUCAUACAACUUAUCACAACAUCCUUAAAGCUGUAAUAAUUCAUCUUAAAUGAUUUGGGAGCAGUGGAGCGAUAAGAUGAAGAAAGAAUAAGAAGUAAGAAUGAUGCAUACACAUGCAUUAGGUUUUGUAUCCCUUGCUCAAAUGUAAUGUUUCUGGAUGUUUUCUCUGUUUUGCUUAAAAAUAUAUGUAAAAGAUAUUAGUUUUUUGUUUUUGUAUGUCAAAUAUAAUAAAAUGUGCAUAAUUUAAAAAAGACGUUUCUGAAACUAGUCAUUACUGAGAUUUCCUUUAACACAUUCUUACAGCAAGGGGGUGGCAGAGAUCCAUAAGACCUCACUCACAUUCACCAAAAACAAAAAACAAGAGGUGCUAAGAAUAGGACCAGUUCUGCAAAUUAGAGACACUGGAACAGGUGAGAGAAGUGCUCACUAACACAGAUUUGGACAGAUUUGUGAACAAUAUUUGAGAGUCAUGGGUCUUUGUGCAUGUAGAAAAUGUUUCAGAUCUUUAAAAAAUGGGAGCAAAAGUGUUGCGUUUAUAUUUUUGUUCAGUGUAGUUCACUGCCACACAAAAGCAAAUUCUCCCAACAUGUUGAAAUUGGGCUUGGUCUUCUCACACUCUGCCACCAUUGCUACAAGCGAUGAAGCGCCUUGAGGCGACUUUUGUUGUGAUUUGGCGCUAUAUAAAUAAAAUUGAAUUGAAUUGAAUUGUAACCUCACUACUCAAUAAAGUGAUCCAUGUGAUCCCUGUACUGACUCCUUCCCACCUCUGACAAAUCCCACAGCUGCAGAAUUGUCCAAGAAUAAUUUUUUUACAGAUCACACCGCUGUGAGUGAAAUCAGGAGUGUACAGGGUGAAGAGAAAAGGCGAGAGUACGGUCACCUGUGGUGCUCCUGUGC